GAAUCCAAACUCCGCACUGAGCAAACUUACGUCAAACUUCGUCAUGGCUGCUCGGGUCUGUUUAGGACACGGCCAGCGCGCGGUGGCUGGACUGGGGACAGUGACCCGCGCGACCCACAGCUCUGCGCCUCGUGCCGAGUAUGACGCGGUGAUCAUCGGCGGAGGACACAAUGGACUUGUGGCUUCUGCGUACCUGCAGAAGGGCGGUCUGAAGACAGCGGUUCUGGAGCGAAGACAUGUGCUGGGUGGAGCCGCCGUAACUGAGGAGCUUUUCCCCGGAUUCCACUUCUCCAGAGCCUCAUACCUGCUUAGUCUAUUAAGGCCACACAUCUACCAGGACCUGGAGUUAAAGAAGCAUGGGUUGCGGGUGUUCAUGCGUGACCCCCACGCCUUCACGCCUAUGCUGGAGGAGGGGGUGGACGGGCGACCCCCCCGCUCUCUUCUGCUGGGUGCGGACGUCACCAAGAACCAGGAAGAGAUCUCCAAGUUCAGCAAGAAGGAUGCUCAGGAGUACCUGUCCUUCCUGCAGCACCUGGAGAAGUUGGCGUGUGCAGUGCACCCCCUGCUGGAUGCGCCACCGGUGGACGUGCCCCGGGUCACCGAGGGGUCACUAUGGAGACGCCUGGCCGCCCUCCAGUCUCUACGGCCGCUCAUACGCAGCGGGCUGAAACUGGGGAAGAACAUUCCAGACUUCUAUGAACUUGUUACUGCCCCCAUAAUGAAGGUGCUGAACCGCUGGUUUGAGUCAGAGCCCUUGCGAGCGACGUUAGCCACAGACUCUGUGAUAGGAGCCAUGACGAGCCCUAGCACACCAGGCAGCGGGUAUGUGCUGCUGCAUCAUGUGAUGGGGGAGCUAGAAAGGGAGAAGGGGGCGUGGGGUUAUGUGGAGGGGGGCAUGGGGGGCGUGUCCAAAGCCAUCGCUAACUCUGCCCGUGCCUUGGGAGCCGACAUCUUCACUGAGCAGAGUGUUGAUAAGGUUCUAGUGGGAUCCGAUGGUCGAGCCCAGGGUGUGGUUCUGCAGAACGGAACUGAGGUCCGCAGUAAAGUGGUUCUGUCCAAUGCUACGCCGUACGUCACCUUCACACAGCUCACACCACAGGAGUCUCUACCUUCAGAGUUUCUCAAAGCUAUAAAUCAGAUUGACUACACCUCCCCCGUCACCAAAAUCAAUGUGGCUGUUGACCGACUACCAAACUUCCUGGCGGCGCCGAACGUAGCGGAAGGAGUGGCAGGCCCGCAUCACCAGUGCUCCAUCCACCUCAACUGUGAGAGCGUGGAGGUGCUGGAGGAAGCCUACAGGGAGUGUCAGCAGGGACGCCCUUCAUCAAGGCCCAUGCUGGAAAUGACCAUCCCCUCGGUGCUGGACAGCUCCCUGGCGCCCCCUGGCUGCCAUGUGGUGUCGUUCUUCACCCAGUUCACCCCCUUCACCCUGGAGGGCGGACGUCCCUGGAGCGAGCAGGACAAACAGGACUACGCCAACAACGUGUUUGACUGGGUGGAGAAGUACGCCCCAGGCUUCAAGAGCUCCAUCGUAGGGACGGAUAUUCUGACACCCCCAGACCUGGAGAGAGUGUUCGGGCUGACAGGGGGGAACAUCUUCCAUGGUGCCAUGUCAUUGGACCAGCUUUAUCUGGCCCGACCUUUGCCCUCCAUGGCCGACUACCGCUCUCCGAUCAGAGGCCUGUAUCUGUGUGGCAGCGGCAACCACCCAGGUGGAGGUGUGAUGGGAUCAGCUGGAUGGAACUCUGCCCUAACUGUCCUCGCUGACAUGCGAGGCUGAGACACUCCGAAAAACACACGCACGCACACGCACGCACGCACACACACACACACACACACAAACAAUCUGAAACGUGUGUAUGUGUGCUCAUGACACUUACAAAAGAAACAGAAGUCUGGUCAGAGUAUAGCAGAGAUGUGAACACACACACACACACACACACACACACACGGCCGCAUUCUCAACACCCCAUAGUGCAGAUAGCGUUAAAAGUGUGAACAAAAUGUCUGUAAAUCUGUCUCUAUCUCUUGUGCGCUCAAAUACACGCACGCACGCACACACACACACACACACACACCUUAUAUGAUUGCGUCCCCUCCACUGCACAGCCUCUUUGCUUGUUAAUGAAACUGUGACCUACAAUCCAAAAGUCUCUCUUUUACUCUCUGACACACACACACACACACACACACACAGAGAACAUCACUACCCUCCCAGCAUUCAAGAGCCAAUGUGCCUGUUUGUAAAGGUUUCUGUAAACACACACACACACACACACACAAAAACCCACAAACCCGCAUGCAGUCAGUACAUCCCUGCUGUGAGUGUGUGAAUCAGUUCCAGUAAAUGAAGAGGCUGUGGUUGUCAUUCUAGGAACAGCCGUUUGUUAUUUUGUGAAGGAAUUAAAAGAAAUCCUGCAAUCUGA